AUGACCUCAUCGUCAUCAUAUAUUUACGAAUUGAAAGAAAGUGACAAGCGCGGUGAAAUCGAGAAAUUCCUCAAGGAUUUACCUAAAAACACCGCUGAUUAUGCGAAAUCCUUAUUUCCGAUCGCCAGUUGGAUCGGUCGUUAUAAUUUAACCUGGUUCAUCGGAGACCUUAUUGCAGGUCUAACGAUUGGCGUUGUGGUCAUCCCGCAGGGGAUGGGUUAUGCUAAGACUGCAACCUUACCCCCAGAAUACGGCCUCUAUUCUUCGUUCGUGGGAGUCGCUCUCUAUUUUUUAUUCUCCACAUCAAAGGACAUUACAAUUGGACCCACAUCAGUAAUGAGUUUACUCAUCGCCCAGUCCCUAGCUUCCAUCACAGGUGGUGAUAAAAAUUUCCCUUAUACUAAUCCACAACUAGCUUCUUCCCUCGCUUUCUUAUCUGGUAUGGUUGCUCUCGUCAUUGGAUUAUUCCGUCUUGGAAUUGUGACCAAUAUCAUUUCGGCUCCUGUCAUUGCCGGUUUUACUACCGGAUCCGCUGUCACAAUUGCCACUGGUCAGGUUCCGAGUUUACUGGGUAUUAAGGGGAUAGAUACUACACAAGCUUGUUAUUUGGUCAUUAUAAACAUUUUUUCUCACCUGUCAAAAAUCAAGAAAGACGCGAUUAUGGGAUUAGUUAGUCUUUUCGUUUUAUAUGUCAUUAAAUUUUCCACCGCUUAUCUCAGCAAACGUCUCCCAAAGUGGGAAAGGAUUUUCUUCUUUAUCGGAAUUUUCCGCAUUGGGAUUGUGGUGAUUAUAGACACCUUGAUCUCCUAUCUUAUUAACAAGAACGUUUCGGCUGGUAAUUUGUCGGCGCAAAGUCCAAUAUCAGUUCUGGGAAAAGUUCCUACAGGGUUCGACCAUCUUGGCCCACCAAUCCUUGAUAAAACUCUUUUAUCCUACGUGGGCCAAUAUAUUCCCUCGGUAACUCUCAUAUUAAUCCUGGAGCACAUUGCUAUCGCUAAAAGCUUUGGUCGAAUAAAUGACUAUACGAGUAUAUAUCUUAGAUUAUUUAAUGUUAAAAGGUCUGGUGUGAGGACUCCACUGGCCGGUAUCUUUACGGGUGCCUUAGUCCUCUUGGCUCUUUACGUUUUGUCUCCUGCGUUUACCUAUAUUCCGAGCGCGUCUUUAAAGUAUGUCUGGGAUUUUGCCGUUUUCGCCGUUGGCCUUAUCGUCACCAUCUUUACUACGGUCGAAGUUGGCAUUUAUUCGUCAACUAGUCUGGCGCUCGCAGUCUUGUUCAUAAGAUUGGCCCGCCCUAGGUUCUACGCUAUCGGCCGUGUUCCAACUGGCGAAGGAGAAUCACAAAAAUAUGCAUAUGUUCCAAUGCGUAAGGCAUUUGCACAUGCCGCUCAUCCACCGGAUGGUGUACUCGUCUUUAGGUUUGAGGAAGGUCUUACACAUCCAAACGCAAGCUUUAUUGAUGACAAGGUAGUGGAGUAUAUCAAGGAGCAUACCAGACGAAUGGCAAAGCGAGCCGAAAAAUUCGGUGAUCGACCAUGGAACGAUGCCGGCAGCAGAAACGAUGAAACUUACUUUCAAGAAAAUUCCAAGUUACCCCCAUUAAAGGCUGUCGUGUUUGAUAUGACGUCGGUAAGCAUGAUCGACUCGACGGGUAUGAAUUCGUUGAUAGAUAUUAAAAAGGCGUUGAACAAACACGCGGCGCGACGGGUAGAAUUUCAUUUCGCAAACAUAGCAACCUCCUCAAUCCAGCAAACCCUCAUAGAGAGUGGGUUUGGAACUAUAGAAACGAAUGCGGAAGAAUCUCGUCCUGGAGACUUGGAAAGUUCAGGUGUUGAGGAUAAGGCGGAAGACAAUUCCGUCAUACAAUUGAAGAAACGUUUCUUCCACCUAUCACUAGAGGAAGCCAUAUCGGCUGCCACGAACGGUGAAUGGUAA